AUGCCGUCUUCACUUCGCGACCAACAUUACCCCCGAACCAUGGCGGAACCUCAGGCACACCCAAAUCCACAGCAAGAGACAGGACCAUCGCUGCCCGACGCGUCUGCGGCCAAACUCGCGUGCUACGCUUGCAAGAGGAGAAAGGUGAAAUGUGACCGUCAACUACCUGUCUGCUCGCUCUGCCAAAAGCUCAGUGGACAAUGUGAAUAUCCAACUCACGCCGAGAAGCCCGGUCCAAAGACUGGUGGCCCUCUUCAAGGCAACAAGCGUCGAAGACUUGAUCAAGCGUCUGUGUCCAGCAGUGUCAGUCAUGGCCCAUCCCUGAAUGCCACUGGACAUCGGCAUACCACAUCAUUCGAUCUUGCUCGGCGCAGUUCCAUUGCAGUAUCAUCUCCGACUUAUGGCACAAGUCACGAUGAUUCCCGUACUCGAGCAGACGAUGACCUCCGUUCCCGGCGAGAGGUGACCUCGCCUCUCUCAACUGGUGAAUCGUCAGUAAGAAUUCAGCCAACAAGUGCCCCCAUCUUCUCUCGGAUCAUGUACCCGUCUCAUGAAGCACAGACACGCCCACAAUCUCCUUCCACAGUGGACGCUUCACCUGGCCAUCAAGACAAUGCCAUUCCCAUCACCAUCCAGACGGUUUGUGAUGCUCUUCGGAUAUCAAGAGCAACAUACGAUGUGUUGAUGGAGUCCUACUUCACCAACAUGACAUCAUUCACCCUGUUCCGGCCAGGGAGUAUUGAACCCAAGUUCGCCAUGAUGCAGUUUCACUCGGACGCCGAAGCGCUGAUAGCUGCCAUGUUCUCCUUCUCCACCAGACAUUGCCAAGAUCUUGAGGACUGCCCAAGUCCGACCUACUUUGCAAAGAUUGCCUACUCGAAGCUGGACGAAUCAGUCGAUAGUUAUGGCGACAAUCCCCCGCCAUUCUGGCUUCUACAAGCAGGUGUUCUUGUCACCUUUUACCAACUCACCAUGAGCGUCCGCUCUCGGUCGUGGAAGAAGCUUGGUGACUGCAUCAGAUAUUCGUACGACUUGCACCUGCACAUGGUUGAUGCAAACCAUGACCCAGUCAAAGACAAGAACCCGGUCAACAUCCAACGCUGGUCGUUGAUGGAAGAACGGAGAAGAGCUUGGUGGGCUGUCUGGGAAAUGGACGUCUUUGCCAGCACUAUUCGACGACUGCCGACGGCCAUAGACCCUGAGAUGAACCUCACCAUGCUCCCAGUGCCAGACAGUUGUUGGUUCAAUGACGUAUACCAGGAAAGCUGCUUUCUUGCUCAGGACUGCAGUCUCAGGUGGAAGCAACUUGCCCAGUCAGGCAACCAGAGCGCCAAGGCCUGGUUCAUAGUGAUGAACUCUUUGAUGCGCAACACACAGCGCAUCGUGUAUCCAGUGGGAUCGGCUCUGCAGUCGAUGAACGAAAGCCACGCGGAAACCAACCAAGACGAACUCAACAUCAUGGCCAACACCCUCUACUGCACCGUCACUUCUUUUCCGACCAGUCUCGUCUACCAGGGGGAGACUCUUGACUUUCGACCAAAAGCUUCGGCUCAAAGCAGUCCCGAUGGAAUCAACCCAAGACAGGAACAUGCCGACAAGUAUUCCCUCCACCUGAUGACGCAGCUCUGUCGGUUCAUGAUCUAUCAUCACAAGAUCUGUGCUCGAACACCAUGGCUAGCCCACCAAAAGGGUUUCAACGAUGGCGGGCAGGGAGAAGGAAACAACGACCCACGAGACGCUCAGCAAGCCAACUCUGAGUGGUCCAACUACAUCAACGCCUCGGAUGAGAUCGUCACCGUGGUCCGCAACAGCUCUCGGGACCACUACAAAUUCGUCAACCCUUUCCUCGUCAACACUCUCUGGUUUGGAGCCGCGGCACAAUGUGCCUGCAAAGUCUUUGGGCCCGCAUCGUUCAACAAACGGCUCACGAUCUCCAACCUUGACCUUUUGAAACUUACCAUUGACCGUUACAUUUCAUUCUGGGGGGGCAUGGAGAACCUCAAGGGGAAAUUGGCUCGGAUUGAGACAGCCCUGCAGAGUCUGAUGGCUGGGCAUGGGAGACCGAACGAGCAUCCGCAGGAUAGGCGCCAACAACAACAACCACUGUCACACAUCCAAGGGAGCAAUGGUGCCAGUAUUAAUGACCUGGCUACGGUGGCCAUGCAAAGACUUCCUGGUGUUACUGGUGAUGCUGCCGUGUCAUCAUCGCCACUCCUCGUCAACAUACCCGGUAUUGGUCCCCCACAACCACCACCAAACCCAUGGUCAACAUUUGGACCGACGGACGUCUGCGGUGACUUUAUCCAUCCGGGGAAUUUCACAACAGGGUUGACUCCAGGCGGCCCCAACUUUUACGGUCACGGGGACCCGAUGGACUUUUCGCCGUUUGGGCUGGAGGAGCUGCUGAUGGCGAGCAUGAUGAUGGAUACGUAGAACUGAACGGUAUACUGCCUAACUUCGCUGCGUGCUUCUAGGGAUAGCACUUAAUCUUGGGUGUGUUUUGUUGUAAAAAGUUAAUUCGUUCUUGUCAACCGUCAUCCACUUGUCACUCUCUUCCUUAAACGCAGAAAGGUCUUGUACUGAAUCCCCACCACCAACAACAACCCAGCACCCUGCGGUUAGGACUCCUAUUACCGCCUAUUCCCAAU